UUCUUGUACUGACAUAAUUUCUCAACGUGAACCAACAACAACACCAACAUCACCACCAUUGUUGUCUCCAACACAUCCACAUCAAAUGAUGCCACCACCACAACCGAUGAAUAACCAUCAACCGCAACAACGACGAUGGCGACAACAACAACAACAACAACACCCGUUGUUAUUGACAACGGCGACAACCACUGGAACAAUGAUACAAACUGCACCUUCGAAUCAACAAUCACAAUCACAAUCGCACUCCCAACAACAUCAACAACAUCAACGCGCUUUGGGCGCAUCCUCAAUGUCUUCCCGUUGUUCAUCGGUAACAACAUCUCCAUCACCAACAACAAUGACAUCACCAAUGGCUACAAUGUCAAAUCAUUUGAUUUUUAAUGGAACAACUAAAAAAAAUACUAUAAACAAUAAAAUCACAACAACAACAUCUCCAACGAAUGUACCUGCCGCAAAUGGGACGAUGACAAAACCAACAACAACAACAACAACAACAACAUUACCAACUGCAUCAACAACUUCAUCCAUAUUGAACCCAUCAUUGUACACAACAACAACAACAAUAACAACAUCGUCAUCGUCCAUGCAAAAAACGCGAAAUCGCCAUCCGUCCAUUCCGGCUUACGCGUCUGCGAUCUCUAAUUGUUCUCCUUCCACUUCUACUUCCUCCGCUCUUCUUGCAUUCUCUUCUCCUUUUUCAUCUUCUUCUUCUGGAAUCUCUGCGAACUCGUCGGAAACUCAAACCCAUGGGGCAUCAUCCUCAAUGCCUGUCGUUGAUGUGCGUGCCUCUUCCUCUGUCCCAACGACGGAGCCGUUCAACACAUUGAAUGUUCUUAAUGAAAUGAACAACAACAACAACAACAACAAAAACAAUUAUAAUGAUAAUAACAUUAUUUUGACACACUCGACUGAUGGCAACUUGAUUUGUGAUAAUACCAAUAAUAUAACAAACAACAAUAUCAACAGCAACAACACCAACUACCAUCAACCAUUCAAUUCUAUGGAUUUUGGACAGCAGCAACACUUGCGACACCACCUACGCUUUAGCAAUAAUGGUCGUGGCAGCAUGGAUAAUGGUGGUAGUCAUGGUGAAUAUAACAAUAAUAACAACAACAACAACAACAAUUACCGACGCCCUGGCGGAAAUCAAAAUAACAGUAUUAGUGGUAACGGUAACUCUAUGAUGAUGCACCGCCAUAAUGGCGAAUAUUAUGGCAGCAAUCAUCACAACCAACAGAAUCACUAUCAGUACGGUGAGCAGAAUCGUCGGCAUAACAACAACAACAACAACAAUGGCAACGGCAGUAAUGCAUCUAACUCAGGAUUAUUUGAAAGAAAUAAUAGCAACAGUGGCAAUUUGAAUGGCAAUACCAGCAGUGGUAUGAAUAACAUGCACUUUGAUGGCCAUAACAACAGCAAUCAUUCCCGGAACGGGGACUUCCACAAUGAUAAUCGUCCUGAAC